GUGCAAUGGCUGGUCUGGCAAGGAAAAUACCUUUUUCUUGUUCUGCCGCUCUGAAUGGAGUUCGUCACGGUCACAUGGUAAAGUUACAGGGUAACAAAUGGGACACUAGAGACUGGCCCAGGAAAAAGCAACGCUGGACCCCAAUAAAGGGAACAAAUAUGUUUAAACUUGACUCUAUCAGGCCGCCUGAUGAUUUGCUGCACGAGACUGAGGAUCCUAAAAUUGUAGAGUACUCUUAUCAGUUAGAUCCAUUCCCUAGGACUAAGAAUAGUGAUGCUGUGGAAUAUCUCUGCGCUUUAACUAAAACAGCUCGACCCCUUCUUUUGUCUGAUGUAAAUCACAGCAUUGACAGUGAAUUUUUAUCUGAUUUCGUGGCUUACGUAGAAGAAUGCUGCGACUCUUUCAACAGAUUAUUUUAUCAGAAGGGAAUACGAUUAUCAAAAUAUCCCACUCCAUUAGAAUUAGACAAUUACGCUAAACUCUACGCGUCUGGAUUUCUGCAGAACAUUUUGAACUUUACAUUUUCGAGCUCUCACUCCGGAGAACUACUCUCGAACAGCCACCAGACCACGAAGGUGCGGACCUCGUCCUUUUGGAGACACCAAGUGCUGCAGAGUACGGAGUCCAAUUUACAAUGCUACUCCUUCCAACUUAACAACUUUAUAGACAUUAUGUUGCGGAGUGUUCGACCACUGUCUUAUCAAGCUCUGAGAGGUGACACCAAUUCCGCUGUUGCAGCUGAUUGGUCUCGGAAGGAUAUGUAUUUACCGAACUUGUGUACCAAGCGGCUCAACUUGUUUAAAGAAAAAAGGGAGGUUGACCAAUAUCCGGGAUUUAUAAAGGAAACUCUUUAUCCUUACAACCAUACGCUCUUCAAGGUAGUCAGCAGUGCACUAAGUGACCGUGACCUCCAAGCGACUACCAUGAUGACUGGCUUUGGUCAAACUGUGGCUACAACUCAGCACAGAUUAGAUUUCCCCUGCCGGAUUGACUUACUGCCGGAGGUGGAGCGAAGUGAGGCAGUCAACGUUAUCGUUACUGAUGGUAACAGGUACUGUCUGGGUGUUUACCAGUGUAACACGACCAAUAUGUGCGGAACCCAGCUAGGAGAUACCCACGUUAACUGUUGUGCACUGUCGGAGGUGCAGACUAUUGUUAAAGAUGGUCUGGUUAACGAGCAGCUCCUAGGUGGAAUGUUGGGAAUGCUGACCGCUCAGAGCCACGAGCUGGAGACAGAUGUUUUACUGCAGGCGGAGGAGAAUGAGGCUGUUCAGAUAUGAGGGGUAAAUGUGGGGAUGUUUACCUGAUACAUUCCUCGUUCGUUGUUAGUGCUUUGUUUUGUUACCUGACAUCACAAUAAGGUUUGAAGGUUUGUGGCUCUGAAAGUCUGAAAGCCACUAGGUCUCAGUAGAUAAGUUGGCCGAACUAAACACCACGUACCGUCACGGCCCUUGGUACUGGGCCAUUGGUUCUCCCGGAAGGCACCGUACAUGAUAAGUGAGGCAUUUCCCUGUUGUUGUGGUGCAGCUUGCAAGUUAUGCCGGCAAUACACUGGUGUAUUGUACAUUCGAGCGAUUCUUGUAAUCCUCUUGUUGAUUUAUUUUCAUGGCAACUUUAUGUUAUUUAUUGGGUAGACAAUUUGUGAGAUAACUGUUUAUAUCAGAGAUGAUUUUUGUAUUUAAUUUAUUGACUUUUACAA